AUGGGCUCGCCAGACGAUAAUGCGCUAAAAUCAGAGCUGGCCAGCGUCGAGCGCCGUCUGCUCGAUGCACUCGCCUACAACGACGGCGACGACGACGGAGGAAAGCGGGCAGAGCGUGUCGGCCAGUUUGUCGUCGAAUGGAACCAGCUCAAGCACAAGAUUGUCACGGCCGUCUCCAAUGACCUCGUAUCGCACGAGACGAAGCAGCUGGCUGCCCAGGUCGCCCACCAUAUCUCCGUCAUGGCCAAAGGUUUUCACAGGUUGGAACAAGCGUCGGCCUCUGUCCUCGCAGCAGCAGCACACCAGUCCAACCACGUCAAAAAUCAACCAUCCUCAACGCUCACUCAGCCCUCGUCGUCUCAAGGAAUCCGAGCAAAGUCAGAGCUGACAGACUCGACGCCGUCUAGCGACGAAACUAUAGUCGACGACAAUCCAUCGUUAGACACGCUCAAAUACCUUUCGUCUCAUGACUCUCGACCACGCUCUGUUGCUACAUGGCGUCAGCUCCCAGCAAACGAUCAAGACGACUCGUCCGGCGAUGAAGGGCCAGAACAGGAUAUCGGAACCGACGACACGGACAAUGAGAGCGAUGUAGAGCCAGAUUGGGACCUCCUUGGUCAGUGGCUUUUGGACCACGUUUCUGCUCCUUUUCCUCCGACCGGCCAAAAGCUCCAAAUGCUGCUCCAAGGCGCCAAAAUUUCCUCCGAGGACUUGAUCUGCUGGCUAGAGUCAAUCCGCGAUAGCAGCGGUUGGACCCGACUCCUCGACAAGUACGCACACGGCAAACUAGCUUUCAUGCAGCAGCUUUGCCUUAAUGUACUGCGCGAGGUCGAUGAUAAUGUCGCAUUCUCGAAAAGAAUGUUUUCGGCUGAGAUGACGCGCGAUUUCGUGGCCAUGCGAACGUACCUGCGCGAACUGGACAUGAUGGCUACCCCGGUUUGGUGGGCUGAUGUCGAACGAAUGUUCAAAGAGGUCGACAUUACCAGUCUAGAUGAUGAUGACAUUGAUUCAGGUACCGAGAGUGUCUAUCUCUCUGACCUCGACUUUGACGCAGACGACAUCUUUACGGAUGGACAAGGCAGCAAUAUACAACCCGCUGAAGUACUACCAAUGUCACCAUACUAUCCUACCGUCAAACAGGAAAUCCAGCGGCCUCGAAAGAAGCGACGACGCAAAGACUUGGAUUCAGCGGAGGCCUAUGAUUGUUCGCAACAAUUACCCGAUACCUACCCGCCUACAAAGCGCCGCAGAUGCGACGUGUCUUCGCCGCCAACCGAUGUCCCUCCAUCGCGCAUCUCAAAGCCUCCAACUGCGCUUUCCGAUUCGCCACCUACUCAAGACAUCGUCUUGCCGUCUAUGGCUCAACUUUUCCAUUCGGCUGCGACAUCUCAGGACGGACCAACCAGCAAGCCCCUCCCUACAAGAACAUCUUACAUAAUCAGCACCAUCAACUCCGAACGCUCGUUUGAGCAACGCUCACUCCCCUCAAAUGCUCCAUUAUCUAGCGAUCUGCAGCCUCCAAAAGUUGCCAAGACACUUCAAGACUUUUCAAGUGCAAAUCGUCUUCCUGGUGUUCAUAAUACCAAGGAUCCAUUCAUUCGUUCAAAUCUAACUUAUGCUGCCACUCGUAAGCGCAAGCGAGACUCGCAGCAUGUAGAGCAAGAUAGAUUGCAACAUUCGACCCCUCAACUCCAUCUCAUCAAUCAAAUCAAUCCGCCCACCACCCGCCAAGAUCAAGACUUCAGGCAUCAAAGUCGCAAUACGUACAAAAGGCACAUGGAAAUGCCAGUCAAACCCCAGUCUCGUCGCAUGGAAGAUGCUCCAGCACCGCUUAAAAAGGCACGACGAAGUGGUUCGCGAGAUCCCGUCCUUCCCUUGGAGCCGCACUCCGCAGUUGGUCAAGGCCAAAAGGGUAGUCGCUUAUCGGAAAUCGAGUUGCAGCCACCAGCUAGUGUUACACCAGCUACCUCGCUGCACGAAACGAAAGCACCCUUUGCCUACGCAACCAUUGACGCAUUUCCUGAUGAGCGGACGAUGGCAGAGAUGGCGGUUCCGGACGUGCAUACACAGUCGACGGAUGAUUUCCGAUCCCUGGUUGAACAUAUUCUUCAGCAGCCGGUGUCGAUCACUGCCGCUGGGUCCGGUAGAGAUGAAAUGUCGCGAUGGGCUUUAUACGACCCGACUUAUCAAGCUGCUUCGCCGUUUGCCUCUGUCUCGGAUGCUCCUACUCCAGCACUGAGCUACGAUAACUCUGGGCCAUCACCUGCGUCGAGCGCGUUGACUCCAGCUUCGGUCUCGGAGUAUGAUGAUAACCGACCUGACGCGGAUCCACUGAAGCAAUAUCUAGCCACAUACGAUCCCACUGAUUGGAGCUUUCUCAAUCGCUGA